AGGGCAAGGAUAUGCAAGUGGUAUCUCACUGUCGACCGCCGCGCGACUUGUGACAGUUUAACCUCGUCUACCGAACAGGUUGGACGUAACGAAUCCAUUCACCGCACAACGCUGGUCUUCAACGAACUAGUAUACUUUCACGAUGUAUCAGCCUGACGAUCGAUCUGAGGUCAAUGACGAUCUGAGUAAUCAUUUACGGCUGACCUCCAUGACCAGGACCAAGGAACUGACCAAGAUGACGCCAAAACAAGCGCAGGAGUUUCUGGACUCGUUUGACAUUGUCCUGUCGGACUGUGAUGGUGUCCUCUGGAGGAUAAUGGACUCCAUCCCUGGCGCGUUGCAUACGAUGUCUAGGCUUCAGGACAUCGGGAAGAAGAUCUACCUGGUGACCAACAACAGCACGCUCACCUUCGACCAAUACUAUCAAAAGAUAAAUAAAUUUGGACUGGAAUUGAAACCGGAACAAAUAAUACUGCCAUCGAAUGUGGUCGGCUGGUACCUGAACAAAAUUAACUUUCGCGGCGAGGUGUUCUUGAUCGGCAGCACGCAGUUUCGACAAGUUUUACUCGAUCAUGGGAUCAAAUUAACGCCAGAAUGCCCAGAUGUUCAAGAAUGUGACCCAGUGAGGACGGUGAAGGCUGUACAAGAUCGACCGUCGAUCAAAGCAGUGGUAGUGGAUUUUUCAUUAUUUUUCGAUUGGGCAAAACUGGCUCUAGCAGUUUCUUGCCUGAAAAGGAAGGAUGUUCUUUACAUAGUGGGUGCUCUGGACGAAUGGCUCGUGUGUGGAGACAACAGGAGACUCGUAGGUCCUGGCCAUCUGAUUAAUGUAAUUACGAAGGUGAGCGAACGAACGCCCAUCGAGUGUGCGAAACCUAGCAACGCCCUGAAAGAAUUCGUCAUGGACAAGUGCGAAGUGCGGGACCCGAAACGAUGUUUGUUCAUCGGAGACACGAUAACUCACGACAUGAAAUUCGCAACGGUGUGCGGUUUUCAGAAGCUCUUCGUCAACACGGGCGUGGAUAAAAUCGAAGAUGCGUUGCAAUGCGAAGGGGCGGAACCAGAUUACUAUAUUCCUAGUUUAGGUUUGCUGUAUCCUAUUAUCGAUUCCCUAUACGGCGACUCUGCGAAACAGAAACACAGUUAACGACUGUUAACGGCGUCAACAGUAGUAGUCUUUGUAGUUAGUAAAAAUUCCAUCUCGUUCGAGUGUAACGAAUGUAUGAGGUUGGGAAGAAGCUUUUAAACGUAAAUUCAAAAUAAAGGAAAAGUUUCAUGGCGCAUAAUAGAUUCGUCGCAUCAAAUAUUUUAGGGAGGUACGAAUAGAUGUUUCGUGAAGAAGUAUAUCGAACGAAGUGAAUGAAUUUUUGUAAGAACUUUUGCCUUGACAUUAAGCAAAACUUGUCUGAAGAAAGGGGUUGCACGAGGUUAGGUCUCUUUUAAAUUCAUAAAAAUGGUUGCUCUAAUGCUAGAAUUAUAUUCUCGAGAAACUUUCAACGUGACAAAGAGAUUUUCAGACACCUACACCAAGAACGACUACUUUAAUUUAUCAUUAACAAAUCGUCGAAGAGAAUACUUCCUCCUAUUGUAGUUCCUACACACGAUCAAUAAAUGUUUACUUAAGUAAGUUUACGAUGCAAA